UUGAGAGUUCGUCUAGUGUGGAUUCAGAGUUGGAUUGCGAAGGAGAGUGCGAACAGUAUGUGUAGCCAGUAGUGUGAUCAGCUAAGCAGUAUAGAAAGAUACUACUCAAAAUGUACCAGGUUGAUCUGAAAAGACUGCUGGUACUGUCCCUGUGCGUCGUAGCCGUUGUACGAUCGCAAUUGGAUCAAUCCGACGAAGAGGAGGAGGAAUAUGAGGAGGGUCCGUGCGGUCGCUGGAGACCGGGCGAUGUGGAUCUCCGGUCGUUUGAUCUGAUUCGCGAGUUCCGGUUGGAUCAGAUCGAAGCGAGAAGCAAGUACAUCCACCGACGGCAAGGCACCAACCAGUACCAGACGGCCUAUCGGUUCGAGAAGGAGGCCAACCUUACGAUGCGAUCGAUCGAGGCAUUCCCACUCGGACUGCCGCAGCAGUUCUCCUUCGAGUGUACGUACCGCAUUGAGGACGAGGGUGACUCAUCGUGGCACCUUUUCGAGGUGACCAAUGAGGUGCAGGAGAGCCAGUUGGCCAUCACGCUUAAUCCUGGACGUCAGAUUCUACAAAUUGGACUACCGGCCACGGAAGGUGAACAGCAGAUCGUCGAGUACCAUCACACGUCGCUGUUCGAUCAUAGGUGGCAUAAGAUCAUGCUCGGCGUUACCAACGAUUACCUGAACCUGUGGGUCGACUGUCGUCCAGUGCGUGACAUCGAGGGUAAUCUGAAUGUACCGCUCCAACCGAGGGACCGUUUCGACAUUGCCGAUGGUUACGUGUCCAUCUCUCGGUUCGCACAAACCUCGGUCUUCGAACCGGAAUCGCCCGUCAUCGAUCUGCAGUGGAUGGUGAUGAACUGUGAUCCGACCAGGCCAGCGCGUGGGAACUGUGAUGAGCUGCCGGUGUACGACGUGGCAUCACUGACGGCGAAUCUUCCGGUCGGACCGACACCGCCACCUCCGAACUGCAAUGCCGUCUGCCCACCGGGCUACAAUGGAACGGAUGGACGACCAGGAACUCCAGGAUUACCAGGCCUACCGGGAGUUAAGGGAGAGGCUGGACGACGGGGACAUCCGGGACCACAAGGACUGGAAGGACCAGCCGGCAGAUCGGUGGUUGGGCCGAAAGGAGAGAAAGGCAGCGUGGGAAAUGGUCUACCGGGAUUACCCGGACCGAAGGGAGAACCGGGCGUUGCUGCUGCCGCCGAGGCGGCCCUUGCUGGACUACCAGGCCCGAGAGGCCGCGAAGGCCCACCGGGUCCAAUAGGUCCACCGGGUGUUGGUGUGCCAGGUGCGAAGGGCGAACGCGGCGAAUCGGGACGCGACGGUGCGGAUGGAUCCAAGGGUGACAAAGGAGCCGCGGGAGAGACGGGGUUACGUGGUUUGCCGGGCCUGCCGGGCCUUCCGGGUGCACCGGGUCUUCGAGGAUUGCCAGGACCCCCGGGAGAAGCUGGUAGCGGCGGCGGAGGCGCUGGCAACACAGAAGGUGCCGGUACAGGAGGACGCUAUUUCGAGAACCUUAUGUCAUACGGUCAUCGCGGACCAGUCGGAUAUACUGGCAUACCCGGUGAACGAGGUGCUGGUGGAUUGCGCGGACCGGAAGGACCUGCCGGACAGCCGGGAUUACCGGGUGUUGACGGUCUACCGGGGCCGCAAGGUGUAGCCGGCCAGCCUGGACAGGUGGGAUCACCGGGUGCUCCUGGAUUGCCCGGCCAUAGCUAUACCGAGUCCGAUUUACAAGACAUCUGCCUUGCCGUGCUCCGGUCUCAGUUGGCUGAAUUAACGGAGGGGUUAAUUGGUCCACCGGGACCAACGGGUGUACCCGGGAAACCGGGAAAACCAGGCCUUCCGGGUCGUCCGGGUGAGAAGGGUGAGCGAGGAUAUCCGGGAUUCACCGGUGACCGGGGUAUACCGGGGGAACCGGGUCAUCCUGGAGUUGCGGGUCCAGCGGGAGAGCGAGGAGAACAAGGUUUACCCGGUGAGAACGGACGGGAUGGAGUCGGUAUCGUUGGUCCCGUCGGUCCCGUUGGUCUUCCAGGGCUGCCGGGGGAAUCGGUGGUUGGACCUCAAGGCCGUCCCGGAGAACGUGGUGAACCGGGUAGGGCAGGACCUCCCGGAGUUCGUGGUGCGACCGGUGUUCCGGGCGUUUGUCCGAAUGAUUGCUACAUGGCGGCCGCAGCCGCCGCCCAAAGCUUCCGUGCCAACAAUCAGCAAACCAAAGGACCCAACUACUAGGCCACCGGUCGCUUGGUCUGCUCGGUGCCGCUAGAAGCAUCCGCUCGAUAUAAUAAAUUGCCUUUCUUGCAUUUCCUCCGCCGUGUUCUAAUUGCUACCUAACCUCACUUAAUGGGUCGCGCG